CUGAACUGGGGAAAUCCAACGCUUCAGACAGAUCACACCUUUCACGAUGACAUAUAAAUUCCAUAUUUCUACAUGUGGAAUUUAAACCAAGAACAGUAAUUUUUAACAAAAACAGUGAUCUUUUCUACUACUGAGAACCUAAAAAGAGAGAGAAGCACCAUCUUUUUUUCCAGUAUAAAACUUUGCUCCUCUUUUUUUUUUUUUUUGCUUUUAAUUUAUAUGCCAUCCUUCUCCGGAGACGCAGGGCGGCUUACAAUGCAUUAAGCAAUAGCCUUCAUACUUUUGUAUAUUUAUACAAAGUCAGUUUAUUGCCCCCACAAUCUGGGUCCUCAUUUCACCUACCUUUGAAAGGAUGGAAGGCUGAGUCAACCUUGAGCCUGGUGAGAUUUGAACUUGCAGUAAUUGCAAGCAGCAGAUGUUAAUAACAGUGUUUUACUCCACUGUACUACAGGCUCCUUGACAAUACAAAACAUUAAUUUCAGCAUCUAGGUUCGUGAAUAUGAAAAUAGGCAUUGUGGCUUUCUGCCUUUUGUGUUGCUGCUUUGAAGCUUUGCAUGGUGUUGACCAGUGUCCAUCCAUUUCAUCCUGCACUACAUCUUGCACAGAGACUAUCACCAACCAUUCUCAGCGCAAAGAUGAAUUUCCAAGAGAAAAUUUUACAUUGAAUUGUCCUUUGCCCAGGAAUGUGAAAGGUUUCUAUAUGAAGCUGUAUAAGGGCCGGAGCAAUCAAGAAGUCUGUUCUCUUUAUGUAGACAAUGGUAAAAACAACUCUGAAAGAACAAAUGAAUCCUGUGAACCAAUCCAUUCAGAUGACAAGGUAUCAUUCACUCUCAGAAAUUUAAAAAGCAAGCAUAGUGAUACUUAUAUCUGUUGCCUAGAAGUUCUUACUCCAGUCUAUCGUUGUUGCAAAUCGAAUGAAAAGCAUCUCUAUGUUCAAGGAAAGACCGCUAUUGAUAAAGUUCUUAUUUUUGGAUGAGGAUAAUGAUUUCUAUUGGAGAUAAAUUGGAAGACUUUCCUGAAGCCAUGGAACCCAAAGGAAAAUGAAAGAUUGCUGACAGAGAGUGUAAAGUGCUGCAUGUGAAUCUCUAAAGAGACACUUAACUAACCACUUUAAAAAAAAAAAAAGUCAAGUUAUGCACACCUAAAUCUAGAUUAAAUGGUAUCAUGGUAAUCAUUUUGGUCCAGGUAUUGAAUGAUCAACUCAGCCAGUUAAGGGGAGCAGCCUUGUUUUGGACAAGGAACAAAGUGAGCCAGGCAAAUCCCUCCUCAACCAUGAAAGAUCUUUGGUGAUUUGGGACCAGUCACACUCUCAGCCAGGAUUAUUGACAGGUCACUUCUAAGGAGGGGAUUCUAUAUAUUCUGAGCUGCUCAACAAAAAGCAGGAAAGAUAUCCAAUAAGAAAGAAAUCCAAUCCAAAAUACACUGCUGAAGAUGGAAGAGUAGCAGACCAGUGAUGCUUCUAGUCAAACUUCAUUUCUGAGUCACAAGAAUAGGAUGGUUGGCAGCUUGGUUAAUUUCUCUUGGCUUCAUCCCUACCCUUUCCCUGUGUCUAUAAUCAUAUGUCAAGAGGUAUUUAUGGACACUGCUGAUCACCAGCCAGUUCAAAAAGAAAAUUGGCCAAGUUUUUGGGCUAUACUACACAAUUCACAAUGGUGGCUAUUAGUCCCAAGUCUUAAUUAUAAACACCAAUUUGAUUCUUUCCCAGAUUCAGAAAAAUCUUGCUGGCUAUCGGAACUUACAUCAUGGAUACUUAUUGGGCUCGUAGUUUUUUUAUUUGUUGCCUGCAU